GAAAGUAUUUGUUUACAAUCAAGCUCUUCUAUUGACCAUGAACUUCAACGGGCUCACCAAAAGCUUGAAAUAAAACCACACCGAUGGACGUCGAAGAGAAAUAAUUCAAUCCAAACCCGCUGUAUUGUGAUAGUGUUUACGCGCUUUGCGCUUGAUUAGCUGACGGUGUGUGGGUAGCUCGCCGCAGCACGGUCAACGCUGUAGUGUGUGAUACGUGAUACGCGAUUAUUCACUCUAUCUUUACUUCCACCCGUUCUCAUUCAACUACUGUUCUACAAAAAUGCACAUUGCCCGAGUACAAACACGUGAACUGUACGAAGCCAAAAGACAAGAGCGCAAGUGGAACGGAUGAACCAUAGCUUGUUUGAGUUGUUUAUCAUCUGCUCACUACAGCACAGUGAUUUUAUUGCGUGGCUUGCAUAGACUUCACUUUAGUGCGGAUCAUCGUCAAGUGCGCGUUAAAACUCAAUAGUAGAUAUAGGAAUAUGUGGAUUUACUUAUUAAUUGCUGCAAUCACACUCUUGAUUCUAUUUGUGCACCGGAAGUAUUCGUUUUGGGAGCGCAAUGGUGUGCCCUACAUCAAACCCCUGUUCCCGUUUGGGAACAUUCGACCCGGUGGCAAACGAGUUCAUUCGUCCCAGUUGAUGACGCGAUACUACAACGAGUUGAAAGGCAAACAUCAGUUCGGCGGAAUCUAUUUCUUCACCAAUCCGGUUGCCUUGGCGCUCGAUCUGGACUUCAUAAAGGAUGUUCUGGUGCGGGACUUUCAGUAUUUUCACGAUCGUGGAAUGUACUUCAACGCACAGGAUGACCCCAUUUCCGGCCAUUUAUUCAACAUCGAGGGAACCCAGUGGACUAAUUUGCGCAAGAAACUGCUACCGACGUUUUCGUCGGGGAAACUGAAAAUGAUGAGCCCCACCAUAAUUUCCGUUGCCCAACGCUUCCAAGAAUGCAUUGAAAAAAGCAUCGCAACAGAUGCAGAAAUUGAGAUGAAAGAUCUGCUCGCGCGUUUUACAACCGAUGUGAUUGGGACGUGCGCCUUCGGAAUCGAUUGCAACAGCCUGAACGAUCCGGAUGUGGAAUUUCGCAAAAUGGGCAACAAAAUGUUCGAGCUCCCUGCCAGGAGGAUAUUCAAGUUCUUCUUCAUAUCGACGUUCAAAAACCUGGCCCGGAGAGCGCACGUCAAGUCCGUUCCCGAAGAUGUGUCGGAGUUCUUUUUCAAGGUCGUUCGCGAAACAAUCGACUACCGCGAGAAGAGCCAUGUGCAGCGAAACGAUUUCAUGAACCUGUUGAUGCAGCUGAUGGAGAAGGGCACGCUGGAGGGCUCGGACGAGAAGGUGGGCACGCUCAGCUUGAACGAGGUGGUGGCACAAGCGUUCGUGUUUUUCCUUGGCGGAUUCGAAACGUCCAGCACCACCAUGUCUUACUGUUUGUACGAGCUUUCGCUCAACGAAGACAUUCAAGAACGUGCCCGAGAGUGCGUACGAAGGGCCGUCGCAAAACACGGCGGUUUCAAUUACGAUGCGGUGCUGGAUAUGGACUACUUGGAGCAGUGUAUUAACGAAUCCCUAAGAAAAUAUCCACCGGGCGCCAACUUGGUACGAAGCGUGACCAAAGACUAUCAAGUGCGCAACACCAGUGUGGUGUUCAGGAAGGGGAUGGGUGUGAUGGUGCCGAUUUACGCCAUCCAUCACGAUGCCGAGUACUAUCCGGACCCGGAACGAUACGAUCCUGAUCGAUUCAGCGCGGAGGAGACCGCUAAGCGAGUGCCGUUCACUUUCAUGCCGUUCGGGGAGGGACCCCGCAUAUGCAUUGCGGCUCGUUUCGGCAUGAUGGAAUCGAAAAUAGGGCUGGCGGCGUUGCUGAUGAAUUUUAAAUUUUCCAAAUGCUCAAAAUCCAUUGUGCCAUUGGUUAUUUCUCCCAAGCAUGUGGUGUUGACACCAGCAGGUGGGCUGUGGCUCAAGGUAGAUAAAUUAUAUUAGUAGUUUUCGAAUUUUUAAAUUAGAUUCCAUUUUAGUAUUAGAACCUAAUAUUUUUAUUUUAUUUCUGUGAUGAUUACGUCUUCAUUAUUCACAUCAUAAGUUUUAAUAAAAACAAAUUUUAUUGGAAAA